AUUAAAGAGUGGAACCGUAAUAUAAAUGUUUGUCCCAUAGAAUAACAUCAAGUAUAGUCAUGUAAGUGCCAUUACUAAUUAAGUACAGUUAUGUAAGUGAUUACUAAUGAAGUGCAGUUAUGUAAGGGCCACUACUAAUGAAGUACAUUUAUGUAAGUGCCACUUCUAAUGAAGUACAGUUAUGUAAGUGCCACUACUAAUGAAGUACAUUUAUGUAAGGGCCACUACUAAUGAAGUACAGUUAUGUAAGUGCCACUACUAAUGAAGUACAUUUAUGUAAGGGCCACUACUAAUGAAGUACAGUUAUGUAAGUGUCACUACUAAUGAAGUACAUUUAUGUAAGUGCCACUACUAAUGAAAUACAUUUAUGUAAGUGCCACUUCUAAUGAAGUACAGUUAUGUAAGUGCCACUACUAAUGAAGUACGUUUAUGAAAGUGCCACUACUAAUGAAUUACAGUUAUGUAAGUGCCACCACUAAUGAAGUACAGUUAUGUAAGUGCCAAUACUAAUGAAGUACAUUUAUGUAAGUGCCACUACUAAAGUACAGUUAUGUAAGUGCCACUACUAAAGUACAGUUAAUAUUAACGCUAGACUCCUCACCCAUCUUGACACAUUUCAUUUGUUUAACAGGACAGUGGACAUGCUUUACCUUCCUCUACUUUGUCUGGCGGUGGUCAGUCAACUGGUCAGUGGUGACCAACAACAACAGCUGGCCCUGUCAUCAGCUGCUUCAGCAUUCUCCCAACAGCUCUACCAGAAAGUUGCUUUGGACAAACCCAAUGUCAUCUACUCUCCUUACAGGUUUUCAAUGGUUACAUAGCAUGAAAUGUGUUAAAUAAUUGCAUAACAUGACAUGUGUUCAAUGGUUACAUGACAUUACAGGUGUUCAAUGGUUACAACAUUACAGGUGUUCAAUGGUUACUUAACAUUACAGGUGUUCAAUGGUUACAUAACAUGAAAUCUGUUCAAUGGUUACAAAAAUUACAGGUGUUCAAUGGUUACAUAACAUGACAUGUGUUCAAUGGUUACAUAACAUUACAGGUGUUCGAUGGUUACAAAACAUUACAGGUGUUCAAUGGUUACAUAACAUGAUAUGUGUUUAAUGGUUGCAUAACAUUACACGUGUUCAAUCGUUUCAUAAGAUGACAUGUGUUUAAUCGUUACAUAAGAUGACAUUUGUUCAAUGGUUACAUAACAUGACAUGUGUUUAAUGGCUACAUAACAUGACAUGUGUUCAAUCGUUACAUAACAUGAUAUGUGUUCAAUCGUUACAUAACAUGACAUGUGUUCAAUGGCUACAUUAAAUUACAGGUGUUAAAAAUUGUAUUUAAAAACAUCUUAAAAUUUGGGCUACCUUUGACUAGGCAAAUUUAUGACAUAAGACACAAAAUCCAGAACUAACAUAUCUAUGCCACCUGACAUAAGCCAGUAGGGACUUGCAAAUGACAUUUGACAUAAGCUAGAAGGGACUUGCACAUGACAUCUGGCAUAAAACAGAAGGGACUUGCACCUGACACCUGACUAAAACAGAAGGGACUUGUACCUGACAUCUGGCAUGAGCCAGAAGGGACUUGCCCAUGACAUCUGACUAUAAGCCAAAAGGUACAUUCCCAUGACAUCUGACAUAAGCCAGGAGAACAUUCACAUGACAUCUGACACUAGCCAGAAGGAAUUUCCUGACAUGAGCCAGAGUUGACAUUUCGUGCACAACAAUUUUUCCCCAGCAUCCACUCUGCUUUGUCCAUGACGUCACUCGGUGCACGAGGCGACACGGCCACUGAAUUGGCGCAGACCUUAGGUGUGACGUCACUGGGAGCAUCAACACAUGCUGCUUACAAGGAACUCAUCCAACAGGUCAAUAGACAUCGAUGACUUCCUUUGAAUAAAGCUGUCUUUGAUUAUGUGCACUCUCUUAGAUAUACAUUUAUAUAUUUAAUAUAUUAUUGUACCACAGAGCGAAAGAUCCAUGUUCAGUUAUUAUUCUUAUGAUUGAGUUAACUCGUUAGACCUGAUUAUGACUGAGUUCACUGGUGAAGCCUGUCUAUGAUUGAGUUAACUAGUUAGACCUGUCUAUGAUUGAUUUCACUGGUGAGGCCUGUCUAUGAUUGAGUUCACUGGUUAGGCACCGUUAGGCCUGUCUAUGACUGAGUUCACUAGAUAGACGUGUCUAUGAUUGAGUUCACUAGUUAGACCUGUAUAUGAUUGAGUUCACUGGUGAGCACUGUCUAUGAUUGAGUUCACUAGUUAGGCCUGCCUAUUAUUGAGUUCACUAGUUAGACCUGUCUAUGAUUGAAUUCACUAGUUAAACCUGUCUAUGACUGAGUUCACUAGUUAGACUUGUCUAUGAUUGAGUUCACUACUUAGACCUGUCUAUGAUUGAGUUCACUAUUUAGACCUGUCUAUGAUUGAGUUCACUAGUUAGGUCUGCCUAUUAUUGAGUUCACUCGUUAGACCUGUCUAUGAUUGAGUUCACUAGUUAGACCUGUCCAUGACUGAGUUCACUAGUUAGACUUGUCUAUGAUUGAGUUCACUGGUGAGGCCUGUUAAUUUUAAGCUAAUUUUCUGACGACUCUAUUGACCAUUGACAUGUCAAUCAUACAGUUAAACGCUGUCAAAGAUGUUGCCCUGAACACAGGAAAUGCCAUUUUCGUCAACUGGAAUUACAACCUGGUGCAACAGUUCGUCGAGGAUGUUACCAACGACUAUUUUGCCAAGUCCUCAAACAUUGACCUUUCUGCACCGGGUGGACCCGAGAAGCCCAUCAAUGACUACAUCGCUGCAAAGACAGAAAACAUGAUACAGAAUGUCUUACCUAGAGGUACAAUAGAUUGGUUGAUACAGGUGAAAUAGAUAGUUGAUACCGGUGAAAUAAUUUGAUACAGGUGAAAUAGAUAGUUGAUACAGGUAACAUUGAUUCGGUAACAAUAAAACCAGCUUUUAAAAUAGAUGUCACAGAAGAAAAAAAAAAUUGAUCAAAUUCAAUAUGUUUGGAUGUUUGUAUUAAAAGUCAAUGUGUUUGGAUAUUUGAGAUAAAAGUCAAUGUGUUUGGAUAUUUGAGCUAAAAGUCAAUGUGUUUGGAUAUUUGAGAUAAAAGUCAAUGUGUUUGGAUAUUUGAGCUAAAAGUCAAUGUGUUUGGAUAUUUGAGCUAAAAGUCAAUGUGUUUGGAUAUUUGAGAUAAAAGUCAAUGUGUUUGGAUAUUUGAGAUAAAAGUCAAUGUGUUUGGAUAUUUGAGCUAAAAGUCAAUGUGUUUGGAUAUUUGAGAUAAAAGUCAAUGUGUUUGGAUAUUUGAGCUAAAAGUCAAUGUGUUUGGAUAUUUGAGAUAAAAGUCAAUGUGUUUGGAUAUUUGAGAUAAAAGUCAAUGUGUUUGGAUAUUUGAGAUAAAAGUCAAUGUGUUUGGAUAUUUGAGAUAAAAGUCGAUGAGUUUAGAUCUUGAGCUAAAAGUCAAUGUACUUGGAUGUUUGCACUAACAGUCAAUGUAUUUGGAUGUUUGAACAAUCAGUCAAUGUUCUUAUACAGGAAGCAUCGACGCCAGCACUGUCAUGGUUCUAGUGAAUACAAUUUUCUUCAAUGGAACCUGGGACCAUCAGUUCUCUAAAUACAAGACUGUCAGUCAGGACUUCCAUAAAGUAGGAGGAGCUAUUGGAAAAGUAAGUUUGCCUACAAUGUAAUACUAGAAGGUAGCAGCGGCGUAGCGAGACAUCGUGCAGCCAGGGGCGGACUUUCAAUUUACAGGACCCCACCGCUCCCACACACAAAAAAAAAAAAAAAAAAAAAAAAAAAAAAAUCAUAAAGUAAAAAGAGCUAAUAGAAAAGAAAGAUUGCCUACAAUGUAAUACUAGAAGGUAGCAGCGGCGUAGCGAGACAUCGUGCAGCCAGGGGCGGACUUUCAAUUUACAGGACCCCACCCCUCCCACACACAAAAAAAAAAAAAAAAAAAAAAAAAACAAGAAAAAAACAAGAAAAAAACAAAACACAACCCCACCACAGUUAAGAUAUAGUGCAUCUUAGCAAAGCUGGAAAUAAUGAACCUUGAAAUAGCGCUGUCGCUGUCAUCUGCACUUAAUCGCCCCGAAAAGGAAACGGAAAAAAAGUGGGGGUGGGGUGGGGGAGGAAAUCUAGGGCUUCGAAGGCCCCCAAGCUAAAGUGGGGGCAGGGUAGGAGCUCAUUGAGAUUCAUUUUUACGCAUACCUGACUUUAGAACUACACUCAUCUACACAGAGAAAUUAUUUUUAAAAAUUUGUCAUUGUUACUAAAUAAUACUUUUGUUUAAAAUAUUUAUUUAAACCAUACUAAAACUAUUAACCUAAUUAAUUUGUUUAAAUAUUGGUCACGUUAUGGGAGGUGUUUAUGUUGGUCUUUAAGUGGGAGGAGCUUUGGUCGAGUUAUGGGAGGGGGUUUAUGUUGGUCUACAAGUGGGAGGAGCUUUGGUCAAGUUAAAGGAGGGUUUAUGUUGGUCUAUAAGUGGGAGGAGCUUUGUUCAAGUUAUGGGAGGGAUUUAUGUUGGUCUAUAAGUGGGAGGAGCUUUGGUCAAGUUAUGGGAGGGUUUAUGUUGGUCUAUAAGUGGGAGGAGCUUUGGUCAAGUUAUGGGAGGGGUUAUGUUGGUCUGUAAGUGGGAGAAGUUUUGGUCAAGUCAUGGGAGGGCUUAUGUCGGUCUAUAAGUGGGAGGAGUUUUGUUUAGGCUUUGGGAGGGGCUUACGUUAGUUUAAAAGGAAGGAACUUGGAACUUUUAUGUUGUGCUAGUUAAUUGUAAAAUGUCAAUAUUAUAAAACAUUCUUGGUGUCUAUGAAUAAAGGUGGACAUGAUGCACGAUGAAAGAACCCUUAAGAUAAAGAGAGACAACUCAAAUGGCGUUGACGUGGCUGAGCUCCCCUUCAAAGGCGGCAGAUUCAGUCUGUACAUCGCUUUGCCCCAGAAAGUAGAUGGCGUCUCAGAUUUAGGUGAGGAAGUCAAAGUUCAAAAGUCAUGCUACAGUUGUGAUACUUAAUGGUACAGUUAUGUUAAAGUGGUCAUGGUUCACUUAUGUUUCGUGAUGGGACAGAUGUCACGGUACAUUGUUUUUAGAUUGUUGAUGAAGCAGCCACGUUAGAUUGUCACGGUACAAUACUGUUAAUUGUUGAUGUAGCAGUUAUGUUUUGAAUUGUCACGGUACAGCAAUGUUAGAAUUUUGAUGGAACAAUCAAUUAGGCAAAUAUUUCGCUACAUCAGUUUUAAUUGUAUUUUCAGAAAAGCUCCUGGCCACUCCGGGCAAGGUGGAUGACCUCUUCACUGGCCUGAGUCCAGUCAGACUAAACCUGGCCCUCCCCAAGUUUAAGAUUGAGACAACUCUGACCUUGAACUCUGCCCUCCGGGAUUUGGGUAUAGUGAAGGCUUUCAGCCCAAUGGCAGCCGAUUUUACAGGCAUAACCCAAUCAGGUAAAAGAGACAAGUUGACCGGCAUAAUCCAGUGGUCGGCAAAUCGCGGCUCGCGAACCGCAUGAGCUCUGUAACGACCUUAGUGCGUCUCGGCCACAAAUCGGCUUUGACUCUGAAAAACAUGGCUCUUGACAAGAAAUUUUGCUCCAAAAUGUAAAAAAAAAAUCCUCCUGAUGUUCUUUUUUGGCUCUUUUGACUAAUGUGUUUUCCGACCACUGGCUGACUAAUGUGUUUGCCGACCACUGGCUGACUAAUGUGUUUGCCGACCCCUGGCUGACUAAUGUGUUUGCCGACCACUGGCUGACUAAUGUGUUUUCCGACCACUGGCUGACUAAUGUGUUUGCCGACCACUGGCUGACUAAUGUGUUUGCCGACCACUGGCUGACUAAUGUGUUUGCCGACCACUGGCCGACUAAUGUGUUUGCCGACCACUGGCCGACUAAUGUGUUUGCCGACCACUGGCCGACUAAUGUGUUUGCCGACCAUUGGCCUUGUCCAAAUAGUGAACGUCAAUAAUUUAUUUGUACGAGCACGUUCUAGACCAUCACCAAUAAAUGUCCAAUAUGUGUACUUGUACAGCCCAGGUGUACAUCAGUCAAGUGCUUCACAAGGCCAUGAUUGAAGUCCAAGAGACCGGUACAGUGGCAGCAGCUGCUACAGUCAUUAGCAUGGUUGCACUGUCGGUCCAACUUCCUCCAAAUCAAUACUUCGUUGCUGACCACCCGUUUGUGUACUUCCUUCGGGACAACCAAACUGGCCAGAUUCUCUUCCAAGGAAAAUUCUCUGGUUAGACUUGCCCAAACUACAGUGGCAUUUUAUGCAUUAAACAAAACUUGAAAACUUUUCAUUGUCGUUUUUUGGGUGUUUAGUUUAAAAAUAUGUUCAACUUUCAUUUGAUAUACUACAAUAAAUGUGAUUGGGUAAA